AUGCCGUUAAGUUUCAUCGUCGGUCAGUUUUACGGCCGCCGGGGGAGCCCGCGGCCGUGGCGCGUGAGGGUAAUGAUUGCGACGGGAACGCGGGGAGUCCCCCUCACGGCUGACCGGCCGGCUGUCCGUUUUAUGGAGGCGCUUCGGAUUACGAGCGUAACCGGACAAUCGCUGAGCGCCUUACCAGUGCUUAGGGAUGUCCGUCCGGGUAAGUACCACGACCUGGUGUACCACGACCUGGUGUACCACGACCUGGUGUACCACGACCUGGUGUACCACGACCUGAUGUACCACGACGAGGUACUUGCAGCGAUCGCGCGCUGCAUUAACUUGCACCACGCGACGCGUUAUAGCGAUCGCGGUUCGCUUUUCACUUGCACCGCUCGAUGCGACGGCCACAAUGGCAGAGCGACGGUGUCGGCGGAACGCGCGCCAACCCUUUGC